AUGGUGAUUAACCCCGUGCUUCCAUCGGCGUACAGAUGGCUGGAUAUGCCCUUCAACGCUUUACGCUCCGACCGGUGGCCCACAUACUGGCAGAUCUCAUGGGACGCCCAAGGGUCGCUUGAGUCAUGCUACGAUAUGAUCCCCAUGCAGCUACGGCAGUCAAUUAUUCGCCGUAUGAGCUUCUAUGGCGCUAGUCGCUUGUCGGUCACUGCAUUAGCCACCGCGACAAUGCUGACGGGAGCCGCGGUCCUUAUCUACUACGCGCCAUGGGGCGAUUUCGACUUGGAUAUGGGCCAAAUCCUCCCUUACCCUCUGGAUUUUGAGUCGUUUAGCAUGGAACAAACUGGAGAAGACGAUUGCGACGAUGACGAACACAUUGAUCCCGAACUCUUGGAUGGGUUUGGGUUCAAAUCUGGCCGCUCAUUCAGCGCGGUUCUCACCAGUUCUGACCCUACCAGUGGUCUUUGCCACAAACCCAUUACCGUGAGCUUGGAUGGAUCACCGCGCCGCGCAUCUACACCCAAUGGAGCGCUAGGCGCAAUCUCCUCUCUACCAGCUACGCCACUCAGAGCAAGUGUUUCACAGUCACCGGGGUCCUCUACCCCCGUGCACUCUAUUUUGAGGCGGGACUCGCACCAGGAUGGCUUACCGACUAUUUACUUGCGCUCGGACAGCGUUUCGAACGAAAACAUGUUUGGGCUAUCGCCACUUCGAUCACCCCGUUGCUCUUUGUCCCCUACAUACAGUUUGCUUACCAAGCGCAGCUGUGACGAAUCGCUUUGGUGCCCUUCAAUGUCGUUAGAUGGCGACGGGAGCACUUCGCGGAGCAGCAACAGUACCUCACGGAGCAUUAUGCCCGUCGAACCUGACUGGGCGCCUUUCGCGAAUACACACGAACGUGCACGGAAGCGCGCUGUUGUGGCAUCGUUUGCAAAUUCGGUCUCGGAUCAGCAAGUGGCCAUGCGCCAUUGUCUUCCGCACGUUUCGCCGCCCGAACUCGAGGACGGUCGCGAAUUUUGGUUUGAGCGUUUCACACAAAGCACUGCUGCUGCGGGCCGUAACUGGGACUGGCGCCGCCGUUGUAAGAAGGAUCUUGCGGAUAUCUUGGACGACGAGAUCGCAAAGGAUACCUCGCUGAAACAGGUAACGGACGGCGAGAAGGAGCCAGUCGCUUCAUACCGUGUGCCGUUCGCAACAAUCGACUUAUUCAAAGCGAGGUCGAAUCUCCCUAAUGACUCUCUUGCUCCCAUGUCUCCUACUUCUUCUACCUCUUUUGCCCUUCCCCCUACUCCAACAAGCCCCGGGUUUGGGCCUAAUUUAACCGUUCCGGAAUAUGACUUGCCCCAUUCCGAAAGUGCACCGGAGUUGUCGGUGCAUGGCAGCAGCAAGCGGAAGAUAACGCUGGAUAUGGAUACGCUCGAGCGCUCUACAUCGUCCAACGAUGCAGGGUCAGAGAACGUGCGUCCCAAAUCGCCGCGCUCGCCAUCGUUUUACAACCGAGCGGGCGUAGAGCCGUUGCAAAUGCCAUAUGGCAAAGCAUCUACGCUUCAAAUGCGUUUCAAGAAUAAGUUCGCUGGCCGCGUGCGCAGCACGCUUCGUGGCAUGUGA